UUGUCUUAAUUGCCCCCCCCCAAAAAAACCGAACAACUCUCUGUUGCUCUAACGCUGUCUUUAGCCCAUCAUUUCCUUCCUAAUCCGAUUCCACUUACUGGCUCAAACUUUGUUCUAUAUCAUAUGAUUAUCAUCUUCAUCUUCGAAGCCUUUGAAAAGAAAUGAUUCUUUCAAACAACAAUAAAAUAAGACCCCAAAUCCCCAACGCGCCACGAGGCCCAAAAUCUCUGCAACAAGCAAAGAAGCACCGAAACCCUUUGUCACCAUUCACGUAUUCCAUCCUUUCCCUUCUCUCCGAUUCUCUCCUGUUCUAUAAGUUGCAGUUGGUACAGUGAACCGCCGUCGUUCCCACUUCAGCUUCAAAAAUGGCCGAGUCCGGGUCGAACCCGCAGGUCACGUAUCUCCACGGUGACCUGGACCUGAAGAUUAUCGAGGCCCGCCACUUGCCCAACAUGGACGUCGUGGCACAGCACCUCCGCCACUGCUUCACUGCCUGUGGCACUAUCAAAAUCCCAAACUCCAAAUACGAAUCCGACGGUGGUGGUCGCGACGACGACAGAAGCAAAGACGGCGAGGUCCACCAACACCGCAAAAUCGUCACCAGCGAUCCGUACGUCAAAGUUUCGGUCCCCCAGGCCACGCUGGCGCGCACACGUGUGAUCAAGAACUCUCAGAUCCCUAAGUGGAACGAGCAGUUCUAUAUUCCACUAGCACAUCCCGUAAUUUUUUUGGAAUUCGAGGUCAAAGAUGAUGACAUUUUCGGCGCAGAGUCCAUCGGCACCGUCAAAUUCCAGGCGGAGGAGAUCGCCUCCGGCAAGCUCAUCGCCGGUUGGUUUGAUAUCAUCGGAUCCACCGGAAAGCCGCCGAAGCUGGGCGCGGCGCUACGGCUCAAGAUGCAGUUCACGCCGUUCGAGAAAAACCCAGUUUACCGGCACGGCAUAGCGGGCGAUCCAGAGCAUCGGGGCGUGAGGCACACGUACUUCCCGUUGAGGAGAGGUUGCUCGGUGAUACCGUACCAGGACGCGCACGUGCUGGACGGGAUGCUGCCUAAGAUCGAACUGGACGGAGGGAAUGUUUACCGGCAGGAGAAGUGCUGGGAGGACAUUUGCCAUGCGAUCGUUGAGGCUCACCAUUUGGUGUACAUUGUGGGCUGGUCGAUUUACCACAAGGUGAGGCUGGUUCGGGAGCACACGCGCCGGUUGCCCCGUGGUGGGGAUUUGACACUCGGUGAGUUGCUCAAGUACAAGUCCGAAGAGGGCGUGCGGGUUUUGUUGCUUAUUUGGGACGAUAAGACCUCCCACGACAAGUUCUUGCUCAAAUCGAAGGGAAUGAUGCAGACGCAUGAUGAAGAGACCAAGGAGUUUUUCAAGCAUUCAUCUGUCACUUGUGUUCUGGCACCUCGCUACGGAAGCAGUAAGAUGGGCUAUUUCAAGCAGCAGGUUGUUGGAGGCCUUUUUACACACCAUCAAAAGUGUGUCCUUGUGGACACUCAAGCAGGUGGUAAUGAUAGAAAGAUAACUGCAUUUUUAGGAGGGCUUGAUCUUUGUGAUGGUCGCUAUGAUACACCUGAGCAUCGACUAUUUCGUGAUCUUGGCACUGUAUUUUGUGAUGAUUAUCACAAUCCCACAUUUCCUGCUGGAACUAAAGCUCCAAGGCAACCAUGGCAUGACUUGCACUGCAGAGUUGAUGGGCCUGCUGCAUAUGAUGUUCUUAUAAACUUUGAGCAGCGCUGGAGGAAAGCAACAAAAUGGAAAGAAUUUGGACUAUUUAUCAAAAAGGUUUCCCGUUGGCACGAUGAUGCCUUAAUAAAAAUAGAACGUAUCUCUUGGAUACGAAGUCCUUCCCUAUCUAGGUCAAAGGAUGGUAUCACAUCUGUUCCGGAAGAUGAUCCCAACUUAUGGAUUUCCAGUGAAAGUGAUCCUGAACUUUGGCAUGUUCAGAUUUUGAGGUCCAUUGACUCAGGGUCACUGAAAGGAUUUCCCAAAACUGUUCAAGCUGCUACCGCCAUGAACCUUAUUUGUGCGAAAAAUCUGGUAAUAGAUAAAAGCAUUCAAAUGGCAUACAUCCAGGCGAUCAGAUCUGCUCAACAUUUCAUAUAUAUUGAAAAUCAGUAUUUUCUUGGAUCAUCGUAUGCGUGGCCAUCAUAUAAAGAUGCAGGAGCUGAUAAUCUAAUCCCAAUGGAGUUGGCGUUAAAGAUUGCUAGUAAAAUUAGAGCAAAGGAGAGAUUUGCAGUGUAUAUUGUCAUGCCAAUGUGGCCUGAGGGUGAUCCAAAUUCUGCAGCUAUGCAAGAAAUUCUCUUUUGGCAGAGCCAAACGAUGCAAAUGAUGUAUGAUGUAGUUGCAAAGGAACUGAAAGCGAUGCAGCUUGUGGACUUCCAUCCUCAAGAUUACCUCAAUUUCUAUUGUCUUGGUAACCGGGAAGAUUUUCCUGAGGAAAGCUUGAGUGAUAAUGCUGAUAAGGUCUCGAGUGCGCAAAAGUUUAAGCGGUUUAUGAUCUAUGUACAUGCCAAGGGAAUGAUAGUAGAUGAUGAGUAUGUAAUUGUGGGAUCUGCCAAUAUUAACCAGAGAUCCAUGGCUGGUACAAAGGACACGGAGAUAGCUAUGGGUGCCUAUCAGCCACAUCACACUUGGGCUGCAAGGAAGAAACAACCACGCGGUCAGGUCUACGGAUACAGAAUGUCACUGUGGGCUGAGCAUCUUGGGAAGGUGGAUACACUUUCCACUGAGCCACAGAGUUUGGAAUGUGUAAAGAAAGUGAAUGAGAUUGCCGUAGAUAACUGGAAGAGAUAUACAGCUGAGAAUUUCACACUAUUGCAGGGCCACCUUCUCAAGUAUCCUAUUCAGGUAGAAGCUGAUGGGAAGGUCGGCCCCCUGCCCGGACAUGAGAAUUUCCCAGAUGUAGGUGGAAAAGUACUUGGAUCUCAUUCCACCGCCCUUCCUGAUACUCUAACUACAUAAUCUUCUCCCAUUGUUGUGUUCAUACAUGCUUGGUAAGGAAGAAUGGCAGUGACAUGUUCCCAGGCCUUUUAGGUUGUUCAACGUUCUCACCCCUCUCUCUGCCCCUUUCACUGUAUGUUUGUAAUGUUAUACAAAUGCAUGAACAUUGUGAGAAUGUUGAAUUGUUGUCAAUAUGUAUUCAUGUACAAAUGUAUGAUUUCUGUGUUCUCGCUUGGAUAGGUUCUCUUGCUGUUAUGAUAAUGGCGGCUUUUCUUUUAUUCUUUCCAAAAACUUGUUAUCCCAUUUGCUCUGUACUUGUGUAUUGGCAUAGUUUUCAAAUUAUAUAUGAAUGACAAACAAGACUUUAGAGCUC